GUGCUACUAGUGCAGGAGGAUUGGGCUGGACAUGCUCGAACUCUGCCGGUGCUACUCUCCUGCAAGGAUCUUCACCGUGCCCCAUAGUGGCAUCAGCGCUAGUUGCAGAAGCGUUGGCACUUAAGGCGGUAAUCAAAGCCGCUAUCUCCCUUAACAUCAAAGACCUGGUCUGUCACUCAGACUCAAAAGGCUUGAUCAAUCUGAUCACAGGAAACACGUCUGUGAUUGCACUACAAGGAAUUCUCCAUGACAUCAGUGUGUUGAGUAAUUCCAUGUCGUCUAUCUCUUUUAAAUUUGUACCUCGGCGUUGUAACACGAUCGCUGAUCGUCUGGCUAAAGAGGUUCUGUUUUCUGAAUCAAACUCUUCUUUGGAAAGAGAGAACCUUGUAGCUUAAGCUUUAUAAACGAAUGUUUGCCCAAAAAAAAAAAACUUUAAGAAAAGGACAUCGUUGCAACAAAUAUAUAUUUAUUAAAAUGUCUUGGUAGACCCGUUGUAUAUGCGGACCAUGCACGAACGCUCAUCUUUACGUCUGCGGAACCCAGAAUUGACGCCCAACUGACUAGUCUUGGUUAACCCAAAACUAUUACGGUCCAAAAAGGCACAAGUAAUUCAAAAGGACACGUUUUGUGUGAAAAUUUAAAUGUUUAAUUACUUUUCUCCUCAUGAAUACACUACUUUUAAACAAAACACCUAACAUACUGCUUAUAAAUACAAUUAACCAAAAAGAAAACGUGAAGAAGAUCCCCUUUCCAUUAAAACAAUCUUUAUUUACCUCGAAAAGUUGGAGACUACUUGAGUUGUAUUCCCGAAACGUAAGCCAAUCUUCAAAAACGUGAAACAUGUCCGAACACCAGAAAAUCCAUCCAGUGAGCGAUCCGGAAGCUCCACCACCUCCGACGCAUCCAACAGUUCCUCUUGUCUCACGUGGCUCCUCAAGAUCGGAACACGGUGACACAACCAAAGAAUCUGUGACGCAACCACCACAGUUGGAUUCUCCUCAAAGGAAGAAGAAAGGAAGGAGAAGCUGUUGGUGUAGGUGUGUGUGUUAUACGCUCCUCGUUCUCUUUCUCCUAAUUGUCGUCGUAGGAGCGGCCGUUGGUAUACUCUACCUUGUCUUUAGACCAAAGUUACCGGAUUACAAUAUCGACCGGUUACAGCUCACGCGGUCUAUACUCAAUAACCAAGAUUCGAGUUUGUCGACCGCGUUUAACGUCACCAUUACGGCCAAAAACCCCAACGAGAAGAUCGGAAUUUACUACGAAGACGGAAGCAAAAUUAGCGUCUUGUACAUGCAAACUAGACUUAGCAAUGGGUCGUUGCCGAAAUUUUACCAAGGACAUGAGAAUACGACCAUUAUAUUCGUAGAAAUGACUGGUUAUACUCAGAAUGCAACUAGUUUAAUGGCGACAUUGCUAGAGCAGCAACAGCUAACUGGAAGCAUACCGUUGCGGAUCAGAGUUACCCAACCGGUUCGGAUCAAGCUUGGGAAAUUAAAGCUGCCGGAAGUAAAAUUCUUUGUGAGGUGUGGUGUAUUCGUUGAUAGCUUGGCUGCUAACAGUGUUAUUAGGGUUAGGAACAGUAACUGCAAAUUCAGGUUUAAACUAUAAUUUCAUUUUUAAGUUUUUAUUAAUUCAAAAUUUGCAUUAAUAAUGAGGGGUUGAGGGUUCCGAGUCCCCCUCACCCGCUCUACGCCGAGUCUCCGUUAUCAUUAUUUGUUUUUUUUAAGAUACAUUCUGUUUCACACCAUGUGAAUAAUUAAUAAAAUAUCCAUUUUUAUC